UUAUUAGUCAUCCGAAUAACCUUCGUCGUCGUCAUCGUCGAGAAAAAUCGGGUGUACGAUAAAAACUAAUCACUUAAAAAUAGACUAGUGCGCUUCUCGCUUCCAAUCUUAUAGUAUAAAAUAAGCAUCUUCGACCGCAAAUACCUAUUCUAGGCGUAUAUUUCGUGAAACGGUAAAUAACCAUGAGCGUAUUAGGUUUUAACGAUAUUAUUAACGGUCCGCUGGCCCAGUUCCUGCAAAUUUCCUCCCAAAUAGGGGGCGAUGUGGGGGAGCACUCGAAGCUAGUGCAGGAGGCUUUCAACGCCCAACUGCAAUUCGUCCAGCUCGCUACACAAUCCUCUCAACCAGCCGCUAACGACUUGAUGAACCUGUUGAAACCGACCAGCGACAAGAUAAGCGCCAUCCAAAAUUACAGGGAGAAACACCGCACCUCCGAGUUUUUCAACCACUUGUCCGCCGUAAGCGAGAGCAUCCCCGCCCUGGGAUGGGUAACUAUCAGCCCUGCCCCGUCCCCGUACGUGAAGGAGAUGAACGACGCGGGCCAGUUUUAUACAAACCGCGUCUUGAAAGACUGGAAAGAAAAGGAUAAGAAGCAUGUCGAAUGGGUCAAAGCUUGGGUGCAAACGCUGAGCGAUCUUCAGGCUUAUGUUAAGCAGUACCACACCACUGGAUUAGUUUGGUCAGGCAAAGGGGCCGCCAAAGGAGUCCCCCCUCCACCGCCGGGCUGCCCCCCUCCCCCGCCCGUGAUCGACUUCUCGAACGACGGAGGCGCAGGCGACGCGAGCCACGAUCGCUCCGCCCUCUUCGCGGAAAUCAACAAGGGCCAAGACAUCACCAAGUCCCUGAAGAAGGUGACUUCGGACAUGCAGACGCACAAGAACCCUACAUUGCGCCAGGGGCCGGCGCCCUUCAAGCCCGCUUCGCAGGCCUCCGCCCCAGUGGUGUCCCCCGUGCAGCCCGCCAAGCCGCCGACCUUCACGAGGGACGGCAAGAAGUGGCUCGUCGAGUACCAGAAGGGCAAGCACGACCUGUUGGUCGACGGUGCCGAGAUGAACAAUGUCGUUUAUUUGUUCAAGUGCGAGAAUUCCACGAUCACCGUUAAAGGGAAGAUCAAUUCCAUUACGCUCGACUCGUGCAAGAAGACUUCGGUUGUGUUCGAUUCGCUCGUCUCUUCGAUGGAGUUCAUCAACUGUCAGUCGGUGCAGAUGCAGGUUUUGGGCAAGGUAUGUAGCGGGAUGAAGGGAUCAUGGUUCGUUCUUUCGGCUUCAUUCGUAUCUCUCAUUUAACAGUUGGGCUGAAAA